CGAUAAGCCCGCUGCGAGCACGUAGCCUUCGCUUCUGUGACAAUGUUUUAUCCAACUUUAAUCAAGUUUAUUUUGACGCUGCUCAUUGGCCACUGCCAACAGGCUCCACUUGAGAUGGAACAGCUCCCACCCAUGACAAUGACGUACUUCAACAAUAGUUUGGGCAGCUUCAUCGAGCACCGAGGACGCGCCUCUGUCAUCAUGUCAGAGUGGAACAUUUUGGUGUAUUACAAUUUGCAGCCGCUACUUACGUUUAUUCCGAAACUUCGAGCAUACUACGAAACGCUAAAGAAACAUUGCCUGCCUGGCUGUCCAAGAUCACUGGAGCUGGAGCUGGAUCUGGAGCUUAUGGAGAUUGAGAAUUUCAGAAGUAAUUAUGGUCUGAGCGGGGAACUAGACGCGACCGUUGCAAGAAUUCAAGCCAACGAGGUGGACUUCAAAGAUCUGCUAACAAAUCAAACCUCAGUCGUGGACAGCACAACAAAUGUGAUGACAGCAACGGACAACCUCUAUGAGCUGGACGAACCCAGUAGGCUGGAUAUUAGCAGUUCUUUGUUCGCUCAACUUAACGAUCAGCUACGUGCAGAGGUUGGCCGUGUAAAGCGCACCCAGGAUGCCAUACGCGAUGCAGUAUUUCUUGCCCAACAAACGGGCCAACUUCAGGCUGGAAUACUUUCUGCCGAACAGCUGCAGCAUGAGCUAACCUCCAUGCUGGCCCACAUGCCGCAGGAGCGUCGUCUGCCAUUCGACAGUCGGGCAAUCGCUGAUGUCUAUCGUGUGGCCAGGGUAAGUCACAUUCAGCAGUUGGACAAGCAUUUGCUGUUCCACAUCAAGCUGCCACUGGUGGACGCUGAGCAGUUCGACGUCUACCAUCUGACGCCCAUACCGAGGGUAGAGCAAAGCGGCAUUCAGCUGCUCUACACAGAGACACCGAAUCUGGCCAUUAGCGACCAUCUGGACAGAUAUUUUCCCUUGCAAAAUGACGAGCUGGACAGCUGCCUGGAGCUGCACCCACAAAGAUUUCUGUGCAAGUCGCAACAAAUCACAUUUGGCCGCGACUCGGGCUCACUGCCCUGCACACUGGCAGCCUUUCGGAAUCGCAGUCAAUCGGAGUUAUGCAGCCUCGGGCUGGUGAAGCAAAACUCACUUUGGCUACCGCUCGCAUCAGCCAAUCGCUGGAUGGUGGCUGUGACCAAGGAGCUCUCCAUUAUGGCUGUUUGUUCCGCUGAUCGCCAGCAGCUGCGCAUCCAUGGCAGCGGCCUCUUGACAAUUCGUAGCGACUGCAUUGUGCGGAGUACAUCGGUGAUGCUGCAGGGCAUGCAGAAAGGGAGUGGAAGUGGAGCCAGAUCCUACGCGUCUCUGACAGCUGAAGAGCUGGUAGAAGAGUCCUCAGCUGUGUCCAUCGUUGCUGCCGUCUGCUUGCUGCUGUUGCUCAUUGUUUGCGUCUCUCUCGGCUGGUAUUACUUCCAUCAGCGCAGAGUACGUGCUGCCCCAGUGGCGGAGCCACAGACAAAGCGGGAAGUGCGCUCCAACGAUCAACCGCUGCUGGAGAAGCCAAUUGGCGAGCUUCCAAUAUAAUACAUGUUUAUUUUACUUGGGUUUU